GCGAGAGAGAGGGGUCCUUUCCAGCCCACGGCUGAACAAAAGAAGCCUGAAAGGAAGAAAAUCUAUCAAACACUUCUUUAAAGCCGGGACGUCCUCUGAAUUGCAGUUUUUCUUCCAGUUUUCCAUUGCGCUUUUAUGAUACCUCUACGCAUUUUGGAGAUUCCAAAAGGAGACGCCGGGAAUCUUUGUAAUAGCCGUCUAUUGUCAGCGUGACAUGGGGUCACAGCGCAGGGCGAUGACCUGUUUUUCACCUGUCGUUCUCCGAAACGUUGGAUUCGUGGACGUCUAAGCAGGUUUACACGCGGGAAGACUUUCUCCAAUACGCGCUCAGAUGCUCACCCGGGUCUGUGUCCGGUUUUGGCACCAAUUUUUGAAACGAUCGCCCGAAGCCGGCGCAGAGAUCUCACUGUCCGGGGUGUCGUUGGAGCGAUGCAGUCCAUCCUCUCCUCGGCAGUCUUGCUAUGCUUCCAGGCUCUGUUACUGCUGUACAGCCCAUUACAGGUGUUAGCAGUGGAAAAUGUUAACUUUGGAGUGCACGUGGAGAAUCAGACAGGGCUGCGGGACGGUCUGAGUCGGAAGCACCACAGAGUUUAUCAACUGUACAGCCGGACGAGUGGAAAACAUGUGCAGGUGCUCGGGAAGAAAAUCACCGCUGUGGGAGAGGAUGGAGACAAAUAUGCUCAGCUCGUGGUGGAGGCCGACACCUUUGGGAGUCAAGUAAGGAUACGAGGGAAGGAGACAAACUUUUAUCUGUGCAUGAACCGAAAGGGCAAGCUUGUGGGGAAGAAAGCCAGUAGUGUAAACGGAGGCUGUGUUUUCAUUGAAAUAAUGCUGGAGAACAACUACACCGCUUGGAUGUCGGCGCGUUACGUGGGCUGGUACGUGGGCUUCACCAAAAAGGGACGGCCACGCCGGGGACCGAACACGUUACCCAAUCAGCGAGACGUGCAUUUCAUGAAACGCUUCCCGCCGGGUGAACAGCCCGACCCGCAGCCCUGUAGCUUCACCACUGUUAACAAGAGGAGCAAAAGAGUCCAUCCGGCCCCCACCUCUCCUCAACCGCUCCCAUAAUGCAACAAACACUGGCCAAAGGACGACUUCUUACAAAGGAUAUAGAGACGCUCGAGUGAAACACGAUUCGGACCGACCUCUCAUUAGAAGUCAAAGGAUGAGGCUGAAUGAACACUGUGUAAUCACGCAAGCAUAACCAAAGACUUCUGGGCAAGCGUCCAGAAUCUUAACCCUGACAAGCACUUCAGGCACUGUGCAAGUCUUAGGCCACCAUUAGAUUUGUUGGUUUGCAAUGACCAUAUAGAAUUAUUUCUGUCUAUUUACAACAAGAACGUAUAGGAAAUGUGUAUGCAAAAAUAAAAACUGAAUAAAAUAAGCUAAAAUGGUCCAAGCUAAGCUAUAAGCUAUCAAGAGAGGUCACACUAAAUAUUUUUUUUUGUAUUUUAAUAAAUAAAGUAAAAGAUAAACAUGUAUGGUCAUUAAAACUUUGCUAAAACAACAGUGGUGGUGGCGGCAUAAGACUUUUGCACAAGACUGUAUUCCUCGCAAACGCCUAGUGCCACAGAUUUAGCCGUGUCCAAGUAACUUGUACACGGUUGAACAGCCUGGAAGACCUGUGGACGAACAUGUUCACGUAUGAAGAGGAUUAAAAGACCCGCUUUGUGUGCUUAUCAACAACUUUGGGCCUACAAGAUCCUUGCUCAACUGGGUUUGUAGCCAAAGUCCAUCAGAAUGUAUUUGUCAAGAGACUUUCCAGGUGAACGUCUGUUGGUUGCCUGAUCUAGACAAGAGCUGAUGGUUGCAGACAUCAGUGAAAUAACAGAAAAUAUAAAUACAAGGGAGACAGAAUCUGGCCACAAAAAUACAGAAGCGAAUGAAAUAUGUUCGAUAAUGGUUUUUACCUAGUACGUAUUUAAAGUAUGUGCAUGCUGUGUGGGCCAAUCUAUGACAAAGUAUUACGAAUACAUUUGACAGAGACUUUUAUCCAAAGUGACUUACAGUGUGUUUAAGCUGUAUAUUUUAUGCAUUUCCUUGGAAUUAAACCCAUGACCUUGGUGUUUCUGGCGCAGUUAAAAACCGAAUUCCGAUCAGCACUGAUGUUUAAGCUGGUAACGUUAAUAUCCAGCGGGAGCAACGGCAUGGGUUGAGUUUCACUUUUAGAUAGCUACACAUGUAUCAGAGUUAUUAUAACUGACUCAGGAGCUUUUGGCCCUGUAAGUAAUGUUAUACAAAAACUGUUGGUGUUCGGCAAAUUCCUAUGCCCCCAAAACCUUGAGAUGAAAUAUUUUGAUACUAUUCGUGCUAUUAAAAUAUUUAUUUUGUGUA